AAGGAAGUUCAAACUAAAAACUUUGUUGAAAUAGGGAGUAUGCGAGUAGAAACAUUGACUCUACCCAUUGUGCCAACAAAGUCACUGCACAUGUUUUAAGAUGAAGGUGCUGUCUCUGCUUGUGCUGAUAACAGCCUGUGCUGCCCGAACACAAGAUAUUUCUGGUAGGAUGUUCACCUUUCCACUGGAAACCAACAGAGCUUAUGUGAAGUUUAACACAUCAAGAAGAGAUUUUAAUGCCGUAACUGUUUGCCACAGAUCAUUUACAGACCUCAAAAGAGACCACAUGCUGUUCUCCUUGUCCACACCCAAUAAUCCCAAUGACUUCUUGAUUUUCUGGGAUAAUACCAAUAAAGAAAUGGAGGCACACAUUAAGAAUAAAAAGGCUGAAUAUGGAGGCCGUGACUACAAGCUCAACACGUGGCACUCUAUCUGCACCACAUGGGACGCUGAGACUGGGCUGGCACAACUGUGGUUUAAUGGACAACCUUCGAUCAGAAAAUUCACAAUUUCUGGGUCGAACAUAGGUGGACCAGUCAAUAUUAUUGUGGGACAGGAGCAGGACAGCCAUGGUGGCGGGUUUGACAUGAAGCAGUCUUUCGUUGGCAUGAUGUCUGAUGUCCACAUGUGGGAUUACGUCCUCUCUGCCUGUGAGAUCCAGAAUUAUGUGGAUGAACGAAACUACACACCAGGGAAUGUGUUGAACUGGAGGGCUCUGGAUUAUCAGAUUGUAGACAAAGUGUUGCUUGAACAUACAACAACCGUUUGUUACUAACCCAUUUUAGAACAAUUUGGUCACUACAGCAACUCAUACAUUUCCCAUCAUCAUUAUUGAAUCUGACCUCACAUUAGAAAAAGAUAAAUGCUGUACAAUGUGAAUUAUUUUCAUUGUAGCUAAAAUAAAGCUUCAAUCUACUACACAUAGCUGUGAUCUAGAUAUGUUUGUAUGAACACAAACAUAUAGAAAUUACAACCUUAAUGUGUACAUAUAUCUAGGCAUUUUUAUUAGGUUUGUUGUCCAUGAAUUUAAGGUUGACUCUAGAAUUUGACUUUUUAUAUCACUACAUUUGUUAUUUUAAAUAAAUGUGUUUGUUUCAUUUAUUUAGGAAGCAUCAGAAAUAAACAACCAUUGUAAACAAAGAGAAUAUGAAAAAGAGAAGGCAAAUCUGAGCAAAGUUUUGAAUAAAAGAAACAGGAAAACACUUAAAUUUGCAUUUUGCUUAUUAUGAAAUUAUAUUUAUAAUUAUAUUUGCUUAUUAUGAAAUCUAAGUAAAGUGAUGCUUAAGAACAAAGAGAGUCUGAAAAAGUCAAUGUUUUGUACAAAAAAUAAUCUAGGAGAAAACAAAUCUAAACAAUGUUCUAAACAAGAAAUAGGUACAAUACUAAACUGCUUUUAGAAGGCAUAUACAAAAUAAGCCAUUUCAUGUUGCAAUGAAAAACAUAGUGGGGUCAUAGAUCCAAAGUCUAGGCCUGCUUGGUUGUUGAUUUUGAACAGAUUCUGAGCAUGUAACUCCAGAGUAGAUCAGCAACAUGUUUAGUGAGAAGGCAUACUAGAGCAUGUCUCAAUAAAUUAGAAUUUUAUCAAAAAGUUUAUUUGUUUUAGUUAUUAAAAGGGAAAUUUGUAAAAUUCAUUACAGAGGCAAAUUUCAAGUAUUUGUAUCUGUUUAUUUGUAUUACACUGGUUUAUCUCUUGAGAGGACCCCAAAUUCAGUUUCUCAGCUACUUAAAAGAGCUGAGAAGAAGAAGACCAAUAAAGAAUUUAUUUAGUACAAGCAUGUCGUACACAUGUCUGGUUACAAAGAGCGUAACCAGCAAAUGGUUAUUUCUAAAGAAGCUGGCUGUUGUGCUGCUUUUUUGGAGCCUCUCUUUGCACAUCCUCUGAAUUUACAAAUUAUGGAUCUGAUUAACUGGUCUCUCAAUAAUGCUGUUCGUCAAAUUUUCUCAAUGAGAAGACUGAGCACAGGAGAGCCCUCUCGUCCUGCGGGGACACACCCGGCGAAAUACAUCCUGGAUUUAUUUGGAUUCAUGAUAACAAGAUUUCUGCUGUUUGGAACUUAAUUUAUUAAGUUGGUUUAACUUGAUUGAAUUACUUAUUACCAAUUGAAACAAUUCAAUUAAGUUAAACAAACCUAAUUUAUUAAGUUAAAGGAACUUAAUAAAUUAAGUUGAACCAACUUGAUUUAAUUACUUGUUGAGGCAAUUCAAUUAAGUUGGUGGUACUAUAGUAAUUUUUCUGUUUUUAAAAAAAAAAACUACAUGUGUAAAGUAGUUUAAGUUCCAGCUGUAUCUUAAGUACAAUGUGAGUGAUAAAUUUAGUAAAUUGAGUUGGUCAGACAUAGGUCCCAAAACUGGCAUUGAACACAAUUGUUUCAAGUAAAGUCAAAGUAAAAAGAUUUUUCAAGUUAAUUAAGUUAAUUUUACUUAGUAAGAGUUUUAAAUUUUAAUUUAACUGAACACAAAAAGCAAGUUGUCACCAAUAAACCAUAUGGAUUAAGUUAGAUUAACAGCUUGAAAGUUGAGUGAAUAGAAAAAACAAACAAACAAACAAACAAAAAAAAACAGAACCAAUGAAAAAUUUCAGUGUAGUUAUUACUGAAGUAAAUUUAAUUCAUAUUCAAUAUUUUAUAUUUUUACAAUUAAAACAAAGA